AUGCGGCGCACUCUCCAAUCAGCCCUGCUGCUGGGCCUGUCGUCGCUCGCAGGCGCAGUCUUCAAAGACGAAGUCGGCGACAUCGAUUUCCACUACUCCCUCGUCGGUCUGCCCCAGGUCGAGACUACCUUCUUCCACCGACCGCGCAACGAGGACAAGGCCAGCUUGCUCUACACACUCGGCGACGUUGGCGUCGUUGGCGCUAUCAAUCCCAGCAACGGCGAAUUGGUAUGGCGCCAGCACAUUAGCCAUGGAAUUGCCAAUGGAGGCGGCCAUCUCAGAGCCCCGGAAGGCGAGAAUUGGGUCACGUCGGCUUACGGAUCCAAGGUACAAGCGUGGAAUGCUCUUACGGGCCGAAAUAUCUGGGACAUGGAAUUCAAGGGUAUCGUCAAGGACCUCGAAAUUUUGGAAUUGACAGAAACCCCGAGGAAAGAUGUUUUGGCCCUGUUUGACGAGGACGGCGUGACGGUUCUUCGCCGGUUACACGGCGCUCUUGGCACCGUGGUUUGGGAGUUUCGCGAGACGAGCAAGGACCUGCCCGUCCAGGUUUCGACCAACAUAGCCAACAUCUACGUGCUCAGUCUGCAUGGCUCGCCCGGCUCUUAUAACCUCAAGGUCACGUCUUUAGACAUGGCCACUGGUGCUCGCGUUGAUCACUGGUCUGUUGGCAACAAGGGCGACAUCCACGGAGUCGAGGAUGUCAUGUUCGUUGGCGCCAACUCGGCUGCGCCCAUCGCCGCCUGGGCGAGCAGGGACCUCUCCAAGCUCAGCGUUAAUGUGCUGGGCACGAAAGCUAAGCAGGAGUUUACUCUCCCCGAUGGGACAGAGACGCUUCGUAUUCAUGCUCCCCAUCUCGCCCAGUCUCAACCUCAUUUCUUGCUUCAUAUUGGCACCAAGACUGGCCACAAGGCCAUCGUCUACCACACCGAUCUCAAGAGCGGGCAGGUCUCCAAGGCAUAUGAGCUGCCACAUCUUUCCGGGCCGGGGGCCUUCUCGACCAGCUCCGAUGCUGCCAAUGUCUACUUUACUCGCAUUACAGCGAAUGAAAUUUCAAUUGUAUCCUCCGAGUCCCAUGGCAUCCUUGCCAGUUGGCCGUACAAAGAUGGUCACGCUGCUGUCCAUGCAGUUUCUGAAGUAAUCAAGAAGGCCGGCGGCAAGGAGUUUGCCAUUCGUUCGGCAGCUGUUACUGAUGGAGACGACUGGGUUCUCAUCAAGAACGGCCUAGUUGACUGGACUCGCCACGAAGGCCUCUCUGGCGCUGUCGCAGCUGUCUGGGCUGAAAUUCCCGAGGCAGAGAGACUUGCCGAAGUGCUGGCUGAGGAGGCUCACGCCAACCCUGUUGCCGCCUAUAUUCACCGCGUCAAUCGACACAUUGCAGACUUGGAGCAUCUUCCUGCUUAUCUCGCUCGCCUCCCCCAGCGCAUCGUCGAUGGCAUCUUCGGCGCGGAUCUGACCGGUCACAAGGAUGGGCUUCAUCGCGAUACAUUUGGAUUCAGCAAGAUUGUCGUUGUGGCUACGCGCCGAGGUCGCUUUUAUGGCCUCGAUACUGGUCGCCACGGCAAAAUCUUGUGGUCACAGGCCGUAUUCCACGUGGCCCCUGGCGAAUCUCUUGUAAUCAGGGGCAUCGUGGCCAAGGAUGCUCAGAGUGUUGUGACGGUUGUGGGAUCCAACGGUGAGCGUGCCACCAUCGAGUCCACCACUGGUAAGAUCCUGGAAGCCCAUCAAGCUGGAUCCUUCACCAAGGUUGCUUCCACUGCCGUCAUUGGCGACGGACCUAGCCAAUGGCUGCUUUCGCUUGGUGCAAAUGGACUUCCAGUACCCAACAUGCCUAUUGGGGCCAUCCCCAAUGAUACCGUUGUCCUCCGUGAUGGCAACCUUGGCGUAAAGGGCGUCAAGUUUACUGCAAAAGAUGGAGAAGUCAUCAAGGAUGAUAUCUGGCAGUUCCAGGUCGGCAAGGGUCAAAAGAUUGUCGACAUUGCCAGUCCACCCAGCCACGAUCCCAUUUCCUCGAUUGGUUGUGUUCUCGGAGACCGCAAGGUGGCGUACAAGUAUUUCAACCCUAAUACCAUUGUGGUUGCCGCCAUUGAGGAGGCCACGAGCACCCUUUCGGUUCACUUGCUGGACAUUAUUUCUGGCCAAGUGCUUGCAUCUCAGGUCUAUCACGGUGUGGACAGCACCAAGGGCGUGUCCUGUGCCAUGGCCGAAAACUGGUAUGCCUGCACAUUCUUUGGCGACUACACCGUCAACGACGGUACCGACCGAACAAUCAAGGGGUUCCAAGUUGCCGUUUCGGAUCUGUAUGAAUCUCCCGAGUCCAACGACCGUGGGCCCCUCGGAGACGCUGCAGAGUUCUCCUCACUGAACCCAGUCGACACUCCCACUGGUGUUCCUCUGCCCCAUGUGGUCUCGCAAGCAUACGUCUUCUCCCAGCAGCUGAAGAGUCUGUCUGUCACCCAGACCUUGCAGGGCAUCACUAGCCGCCAGCUCCUUGCAUACCUGCCAGAUAGCCACAGCAUCCUUGCGGUGUCUCGACACAUCAUUGACCCCCGUCGUCCCAUCGACCGUGAUCCCACUCCUGCUGAGGUCGAAGCAGAGGCUCUGAUCAAGUACACGCCUCAAUUUGAGAUUGACGGACGGGGCAUUGUUUCACACGAAUUAGACGUGCUUGGCGUGCAGGAGAUUCUUGCCACGCCAGCCGCCGUUGAGAGCACCAGCUUGCUUUUCGCCUAUGGUGUGGACAUUUUCGGCACCCGAGCUGCUCCUAGCGGCGAAUUUGACAUUUUGGGCAAGGGCUUCAACAAGGUGACGUUGGUGGGCACCGUUGCGGCCCUGUUUGCUGGCGUUUUGUUCCUGGCACCAGUGGUUCGGAGAAAACAAAUCGACAGAAGAUGGGAGGCGUUCUUGUAA